AUGCAAAAACUUUUGAAGGGCACGCAUAAUCCUCUUCCGCUUUCAUUUAAUUAUGGCUUAUUUUUGCCACCAUGCGAUGGACGCGCUGGAAAGUUUCUUCUCGAAGAUCGUCCUAUUCGUGAUUAUCCAUUUCAUGAUUGCGUACCAUACCUCGAAUUCAAAUACAAAAAGCGGGUUUAUAAAAUGUUGAAAAUGGACGAUAAACAACUACGAUUAAUUCAUUCAAAGUCAAACUUAAAGAAAUUCAUGGAUUAUGUGCAAUCAAAGAAUGCGGAAAAAGUAGAAAAAAUGUGUACAGCUGGCUUGGAUCCGAAUUUUCAUGGUGCGCAUGGUGAGACGCCAUUAACUUUAGCUUGCGGCAUACAUGAUAAUCGUGCAGUGAUUCUUGCAUUAGUCGGUGGCGGUGCGCAUAUUGAUUUCAGAAACAGUGAAGGCCAGACUGCGAUACAUAAGGCAUCAUUCAUGUCAUCGGUUGCGAAUGUUCAAACUCUUCUGGAACUCGGCGCAUCACCCAAUUACAAAGAUCCACUUGGCCUAACUCCACUUUAUUACAACAUGUUGACAACUGAUUCCAAGUCGGAUGUCACUGAAAUGCUUUUAAAAGAUGCAGCUGAUCUUUCAAUUGUUGAUAUGCAUGGAAAUUACGAGCUACAUCAGGCAAGCUUCUCCUAUACUUAA